CAAAUAAAAGGGCUAUGAAAAUUUUGUAGAAGACUGAAAUGUAGAGCAAAGAAACAGGAAAAGAAGAAAUGGAGGAACUGAGGAAGCUUGAACAACUCCACACAACUCUUACAUUUAUGCAAUCUCAUAACUUCGUUCCCUCUUCAACUCUCGAUUCAAAUCGCUUCAUCGCCAAUCUCAUCCUUCUCUUAUUACAACCAUGCGGCGAACUCAAUCUUGACAUGAAAUUCCGUUUACUUUCUGAAUAUUUACCAAAAAUUUCAGUCAGCUUUCUGGAAGAAGCAUCACAAUGGGUUCGUUUUGAAACUGAUGAAAGAGAUUAUCAAGAGGUUAAUGAUCCGUCCGGUAAAAAGGAUUGCCUCCCAUUGCAGAUAAACCACGAGGAGGUAGCAAUGGUGGGACUGGAAGCAAUGGAACGAGCAAAUUCUACACUUGAGGAUUUUUGCAGAUCUUAUUUUAUGUUUCAUGGAGUGGACAUAGACAGCCCACUUAUGAUAUUUAAAUAUUUCCCUGUUCUUGCAUUCACUGAAAGUUAUAUUUAUCAGUUAGAUGGUUUGAAUGAGAAGAUACUCUCUAUACCAACAGAAGGAGACACUUCUCUAGCAAAAGAAUUUGAGAAGAUGAACUAUCAGUGUUGGGCUGAAACAUUUGCGAACAUGUUAGAAAAGGAUCCAUUCAGACCACUUUUAAAUGUACUUGAACUCCGGGGACUCCUUAAUGACAGGAUCAGAGAAGAAUUUAGGUCUGGAGAGGAGUACUGGGCAUUGGAAAGAAAGCUAUGUCGUGCACUAACACACAAAAUGGAGAAAAGGGAAUAAUGGUCUACCUAAUGGUAUUGAGUGAAUAGAUCUUUGAUCUUAGCACUGCCUUGUUGAGCAAAGUUUCUCCUCAUGCUUAUGAACUAUGGAUGGUUUUGACAUAUAGAUAUCAAGGCUGCAAACCUUGCUUGAGGCUCUACAUAUAUAUUAGAAAUGGAUCUCUAUUAAAGAUGUUAUGAGGGCAAUUCAUCUAAAGUCAUUUGACUAUCGGGUGCUGAAUCUUCUUCUGUAUCAGUUAAGAGGUCAAGAGGUAAUUUGCUGUUAGCCUAUUUAUACGUUUGUAUCUUUUGCAUGUUUCUGCAUGUACAUACAUCUGUUUGAUUUUUUGAACCAUGCUGGCAUUCUAACAUUCUAUUUUGGAUGCAAGUUUGAAGCACUAUUUAAGGGUUUUGAUAGAAGGGGAAGGAAAAGGAAAUGUCUAAAGCACUACAUAAUUCUUUCUGACUUAAUAAAAUGACAACUCCAUGAUGCCGUGAUUUGCUAUGUUGGUUUUCAUCAAGUUUUUUGGAAGUACAUACAAUGAUUCUUGCUUACAGUUUCUGCUUUACUGUAAUUGUGAUAUUGUUAAUCUUCAGUUUCAAUCUUUAAACAACAAGCAGAACUGAAAUUUUAUAUCUGCUUAUAAAUGUUAUGCAGUCUGCAUUUGCAUUCAUACAUUACAAGACAUUAUCAAAAUGUAUCCAUCGCCUUUAUGUUUUUACUAUGAUAUAUCUUGCAUUCUAUAUUUUGUUUCUGGUAACUUAGAUUAACAAGGCUAAAUGCAUUUUCUUCGAAGUUGUUGUAAAGGUUAAUGACUUGCACAUGGAAUUCCUGUCAGUCUCUGAAUUCCUCGUAGAAAUAUCAGAUGAUCUGUAAGUGUUUUUUUUCCCGUGUUUUCUGAUUUUAGCUUAGAUUUAAGUGGACAGUUUCAGUGGUAUAGGCACUUUCAAAUACACAGAAUGAUCAACUGAUUUCAAUCACAUCCCUUUUUUUGGAUAACUGAUGUUCUCAUUCAUUUUUGUUAUAAUAUGCUGUAAGCAUGGUGUCAAUUAUAUACUCAACUCCCAGAUGAUAUAAUAAUGCUCCAGGUUUGACUAUGAGGUACUUCCGUUCUUUGAUGCUUUCUAAUUGUUCUGAUUCUAUGGUUCAGUUUAUAUGUCAUAUUCUUUUAUUGUUUUUGUGGCUACGCUGCAGGAUGACGUAUUAGAAAAUAAUUUCAAUAUUUUGCGCAUGUUUGUCAAAAUAUAUGGACCUGCAGCUGCCCCAGCUAUGUUGGCAAAAUACAUAACAGAUGCUGAAGAGAGGUAUGACAAUUUAUUGAAAACUUUGGAUCCUCAGUUGUCCUCGAAAUACCAGAGAAGAUGCGAAGAAGCCACUAAAGAAGGUGGCAAGGCUUCAGGACACCCCCUUGGAACGUGGAGUAUUCCACCUGUGAUCGUAAACGAGGAUCUUUAUCGAUCAAACUGUCUAAAUACUGAAUGAACAGCUUAGGGGUUGAAUGAUCUAAUUUGAAAUAAGAAGCCUCUAGUUUCAGGAGAAUAGUAUACCCUUCCCGUUUCUAACUCUAGCUUGGAUGGUGGAUUUGGCACUAUACAUUUCCUUGAAAACCUGUUAUAGUUGCAGUAAUAUGUUGAUCCUGACACUGGUUUUUCUUUUAAAGUAUACAUAUACGGUGUCAUGUAUGUUUCACUGAAAUACAAGGAACAUGGGUUUGUGCUGAGUGGGCUGACAUGUGGUACAAGGUUUUUGGUUCCGUUGGGUACACCCUGUUAUUAUCUCAAAUCAAACUUAAUAGUAAGAUGAAAAUCGAGGUUGGAUUUUUUAAAACAA